AUGGAGAGACACCAGCAGGACCUGGUGAGCAUGGCAUUUGUCAUUUACGAUACCUACCUCGCACCGUCCUCGCCUUGCGAGCUCAACAUUGACCACAAUCUCCGAACCGAGCUCAUUCUCUACAUGAACAAGAUUCUGGCCGAAGCCAAGAUCUCGUCCCUGUCGUCUCAGUCCGCAUCGCCCUCCACAUCCACCACGCAACUGGGCGCGACCUUGACCGGCAGCGAUGCUCCUCAUGGCCAAACAAACGAGGCGACCUCGAUCGAGGAGAGGAAGGCGGCUGUGGUCGCCAAGCGCUUGCGCAUUCCCUUGCACGCAAGUCAGCUGCAGGUCAUGGUGAGGCUGUACGAGCGUAUCCAGGAUCACGUCUUCAGGCUCAUGGCGACCGAUUCGGUGCCACGCUUCAUCAAGGACGCACGCUUCAUUCAACUCGUGCGAUCUGUGGAAGAGUACACGGAAGCACUCGAGGCAGGCCGCAUUGAUCCAGAGCAGAACGCCGGACCCGCUGUAGGCAGAGCCGUAUUCGAAGCCAUGCAGCUCAAGUCGGCCGACAUGCUUGCGCAGAACAGCAACGACGCUCGUCCCUCGGUCGAUGCGAGCUCUUAUCGGGCUUCCUCGAGCCCGCAAAAGCCAAGCUCGAAAGGUGUGCCUGCUCUACCUCCCAUGGCUGCUGUGUCAGCAUCGCAGGACCGCGCUGCCAGCGGCACUCUUUCUGUCAAUGACUCUUGA